AUGACGGAGCGUCGGAUACAACUCCAUUUGGGUAAAUGUAUAGAAGAUUUGGAUAAAUUGUACAAUGUACCCGAUUUAAAAUCCAAAAGAGCCACUUUGUUAUGCAAGACAGCUCAAAAAUUGUUUGAAAAUGCGGAAGACGCACGAGCGAAGGGCGACGAAGAGUAUUCCUAUGUAUGUUAUAUGAAGUACCUUCAAGUUAUUGCUUUUAUAAGCAAAGGUAAAGAGUACAUGAAGGACAAAAACUACUUUAACAAUAUGCUCGGUCCAAAGAAUGCAAAAAAAGCUAUAGAUGCAGCUGAAAAGUUAAAAAUUAGCUUGAUUGAGCGAUAUGCUAAGGAGCAGAAAGUUAAACAUUUGAUGGAUAUACAAGAAAAUGAAUUGAUUAAACAAAAAAUUGAUGAAAAUCGCAAGAAAGCUAUGGACACUUUAAAUUUGGAACAACCAAUAUUAGGAUUACCUGGUCCCGAUGAGGUGACUAUCAAAAGUGAUCAGUUGUACUCAAUACUUAAGAAUGGAAAACUUAAAGUAAUGAUAUUGGACGCCAGACCAGGUAAAGACUAUAUCGACUCCCAUAUCAACAACCCCGCAUGCAUCAGUGUGCCAGAAGAAUGUAUUUCUCCAGGCCAAUCUGCAAAUGUCCUUGAACAGAAUCUACCUGCAGCAUCUCAACCUGUUUGGGCACAGCGAGCAAGCUCAGAGUUAAUAGUAAUGUUGGAUUGGAAUAGCACCACUGUCAUACCGGGCAAACCUUUACAUCUUCUGAAGACUAUACUCCUAAAGUGGGAUAUAAAAGUUCAUUAUUCAAGACAGCCAGUGGCCCUAUGGGGUGGUUAUGAGGAUUGGCUGCUCAAGUAUCCUACUUUUACCACUAACCCACAUGCAGUGCCGCCAUCUCAGGACAUUAUGCUUGACGAUAUGCUUAGUGAAAUAGAUUACCCGAAUUGGUCAGAUUUAAACCCAACGCCAGCUGUGAGUCGUCCUAAGCCUAACGAGCCCGUGGUAGAUCGCGCCAGUAAGUCGGCGGCCGUCGAAUUAUACGCUGAGAGGGCGCGGAAUAUGCAGCAAAUUCUAGAGCAGCAGGAGCUUAUUGCUGACACCUCGCUCACCUUGGAGAUGCAGCGUAUAGAAGCCGAACAGGACUGGGAGAAGAUCCGUCAGCAGCGAGAAGUGGAGCACCGUGACGAGCUGCGUUCGAUGUACCAGUUGCGCGAACACGAGAUUAUCUCGCAGCUUAUGCAGCUCGAGAACAAGCAGUUCGACAUGGAACAAGAGAACCAGUCCCUUCGCGAGAAGCUGGAGGAAUAUCAAAGGAGGGAGAGAGAGGAGGCGGCGAAGUUGGCGGAGAGCAUAGCCAAGUCGCAACUAGCGCCAUCUGUGGACACGGAGGCGAUAGCGGCGGCUCGCGAGCGCGAAGCGGCCGCUCGAGAGGUGGAGGUGAAGCGAGCCCGCAUCGCGGCCGUCACGGCUCAGAGAGACUCCCUGGACCGACAGCGCGAGGCGCUCGAGAACGAGAGGAAGCGGAAGUUAGCCGAGGCGAGGGAGAAACAAAAGCCUCCCUAUAGAGUACGAGAAGAAGACACAGAAUCGUUCGGCUCGCAGACGGAGAGCGCAAACGCGGGGCUUAACCGCUCGCAGUCCUCGCCAAAUAUUGCAAAGCUGUCGUCGGACGAAGAGGAGCCUGUAGCGCCGAGCUUCGAUCGCAACACGAAGCCGACUAAAGUGGCGCCAUCUAGUGAACUGCGCCAGAGGGACUUCCAACCUGUGUGGGCUGAUGUGGGUCGGGGGCUGACGGGCCUCAAGAACCUGGGCAACACGUGCUACAUGAACUCCAUCAUACAGUGCCUCAACAACACGGCGAUCCUCGUGACGUACUUCUGCAACGGGCAGUACCUCGAGCAUGUCAAUAGAUCUCACAGCACCCGCGGGGCGAUAGCGGAGGAGUUGGCCGCCGUAGUGCGAGCCCUUUGGUCCGGACAAUACAGAUUUAUCGCUACCAAGGACCUGAGGAACGAGGUCGGCAAACACCAGCGCACGUUCCGCGGUAGCGAGCAGCAAGAUUCGCACGAGUUUCUGACUAUUCUGAUGGAUUGGUUGCAUCUCGAUCUCCAGUUCCCCAUCAAACCACCGUUGAAGGAAAACUUGGGAGCAUCGGAACAGGCGUGGCACGAAUACACCAAGGCGAAGGAAAGUCUCGUGCUGCGCCUGUUCUACGGCCAGAUAAAGUCGACGGUGCGCUGCUGCGUGUGCAGCACGCACAGCGACACGUACGACUCCUUCUCCAACCUGUCGCUGGAGCUGCCUCCCCACGCGGCCCGCUGCUCGCUCAGCGACUGCCUGAAGCUCUACUUGAACGGCGAAACCAUACGCGGCUGGAAUUGCCCCAAGUGCAAAGAGAAACGCGACGCCGUCAAGAAGCUAGACAUCUCGCGGCUGCCGCCCGUCCUCGUCGUGCACUUCAAGCGCUUCUACUUGGACCCCAAGGAGUACUGCAACGCGUACCGGAAGAGGCAGACCUACAUAGACUUUCCCUUGGAGAACUUGGACAUGCGCCAGUUUUCGUUGCACUGCCCCGGCGACCCCGUCUACAAUUUGUACGCCGUGUCCAACCACUACGGCUCGAUGGAGGGCGGGCACUACACGGCGUACUGCAAGAGCAGCGUGUACGGCAAAUGGUACAAAUACGACGACCACCUCGUGACGGAGAUAUCGCCGAGCGAAGUCAAGUCCAGUGCCGCCUACAUCCUGUUCUACACUUCGUGCGAACGAUAG